AUGGCGGCCCUGGCUCCCGGGGACUCCAGGGGCCCUGGGGAAGCCGCCUCGGCCGCCGUGGACGAGCUAUCCCAGAACUUCACGUAUGGGGCGCCCGGCACCGGCAACGGCUCCCUGUCGGGCGCGUGGUACCGCAGGAACCAGAUUCACCUUUUUGGAGUUUUGUUGGCCAUUUUAGGAAACUUGGUAAUCAGCAUUUCUCUAAAUAUUCAGAAAUAUUCUUAUCUUCAGUUGGCACACCAAGAGCGUCCUAGGCCAUUCUUCAAGAGCGUGUUGUGGUGGGGUGGAGUCGUACUCAUGGCCGUGGGAGAGACUGGGAACUUUGCAGCCUACGGAUUUGCUCCCAUUACUCUCAUUGCUCCUUUAGGUUGUAUGUCUGUUACAGGUAGCGCUAUUAUUUCUGUUAUUUUUCUGAAAGAAAAUUUGAGAGGCUCAGACUUACUAGGUACAGCAUUGGCAUUUGCAGGAACAUAUUUAUUGGUGAACUUUGCUCCAAAUAUAACUCAGGCUAUCUCAGCAAGAACCGUACAGUGUUACUUUGUUGGCUGGCAGUUCCUGAUCUACAUGAUUUUAGAAAUAUUAACUUUCUGCAUUCUCCUAUAUUUCCAUAAAAGAAGAGGAAUGAAGCACAUUGUGAUUCUGCUAACCCUGGUGGCACUUCUAGCUUCAUUGACUGUUAUUUCAGUAAAAGCAGUCUCAGGCAUGAUCACUUUUUCUGUGACGGAUAAAAUGCAACUAACUUAUCCCAUCUUCUAUAUCAUGUUUAUCAUCAUGAUAGCAUCUUGUGUUUCCCAAGUCAAGUUCCUGAAUCAAGCCACGAAACUCUACAAUACGACGACAGUGGUGCCCGUUAACCAUAUUUUAUUUACAACCAGUGCCAUUAUUGCAGGGAUCAUAUUUUAUCAGGAAUUCCUUGGUGCACCUUUUUUUACUGUAUUGAUAUAUCUUUUUGGGUGUUUUCUGUCAUUCCUUGGAGUGUUUUUGGUCACAAGAAAUCGAGAAAGAGAACAUCUGCAACAGCCUUACAUUGAUUUUGGAAAUAUUCCUGGGAAACAAAUGUUGGACAAAAUACAACCAGAUUCAAAUGGCUUAUCCUAUGGAACUUUGCCUGAUGGAAGUGACUCAACAAAGAGCCAAACUGGAGAGAAGAAAGAGGUCUAAAAUGCCGAAAGGGACGGCUGUUGGCCUGUUACUCGAUACCACCUUUUUAAAAAAUUGCACAUGUUCAAUCUGUGUCAGCAGCUCUUUUAUGCUGACAUGUGCUAGCAUUAGUCUCAGUCUUUUACCCCACCUCAAUUUCUACAGACAAUCAGGGCCUUCCCAAGCUUUGACAGCCUAAUGUUUUCAUGGAAUGUAAUUUGAAAUGUUCCCCACACCCUGGCCCUCUCCCUAGUGAUCAUCCGACCAGCUAGAUCUUAAUUAGAGCCUGGCUGCCUAGGCAGGAGUGUCACACAAAUAUGUGCACACGUGACUUGGCCAUAGUGUGCAUAGGUUGAUUUUCCCAUGUGUUGUGUAGUGUGUGUCUCUUGACUUUAUAGAUAAACACUUUAGUCCUACAACCUCAGCCCUGAAAGAAUGGUCUGAGAACAUUCUUUUUCCCUAGGACACCUUGUAUGAGCCUUCCCAUCAAGAUCAAGAUCUCACCUUUGUAUUUCUAAAUGAGAAUGGUGAAUCAUCUUUUCUGGAAAUCUAGCCCUGUUUUAAUCUUAAUCAUCCCUUGAAAAGUAAAUGCUGCUUAAAAAUUAGAAGUUAUAAGUAGCUUUCUGUGAUGGUGUAUACCCCAGCUAAAAGACCUUGGCUGGUGGCAUUUUUAAACUUAAAAAAGGAAAAAUUUCAAAAUUAGGACCUUUUCUUUUUAAAUAAAACUAUAGAAUGUAACAUCUUCUUCAGCUGUAAGAACCUAUUUUAUGUUGACUGAAACUGAAGAAAAAUUUCAUAUUCUAUGCCUAUAUUGGGAGCCCUGGUGGCGUAGUGGUUAAGCGCUCAGGUCCACAGCUCAAAUCCACCAGCCACUCCUUAGAAACCCUGUCCUAUAGGGUUGUGGUGAGUCGGAAUCAACUCAAUGGUACACAAAAAUAACAACAUACCUUUAUUAGCUAUAGAUCUUAUAAUUUAUCAAGUAGGUUUAUGUGCUUUAACUUUUAACACAAGUCUCAAAAAUCACAUUCAAACUCUUAGCAAUAUUCUCACUAUAUACUGUUCUCUUCUCCCCCCUGCCCCCAAGUCAUUAUUCCAAGCUUCAUAAGCUCUUCUAGGGAAAAAGACAGUUGUGAUUAGAGAUCUGGAUUGCAGCGUUUAAAUCUGUGGACACACAACACAGCCAAGUGGGUAAACCUAGGCCUAGAAAGGAAGCCCUAAUGCCCUCACAUUUGAGUGGCGUUUCUGCUGCAAUUGAGUCACGUGUCUACUAAGAUACAUUUGCAAGUAGAAUCCAUAACCAUAUCUGUUAUUUAUGACCUACCUAAUAUUUAAAUGAUAGUCCCUGGAUGGUGCAAACAGUUAAGUGUUUGACUACUUGCGGAAAGGUUGGCAGUUCAAACCCACCCAGAGGUGGCUGAGAAGAAAACCCUGGCAAUCUACUUCCAAAAGGUCACAGCGCUAAAAACCUUACGGAGCACAGUUCUACUCUGACAUUCUGACAUGGGGUCAACACAACAGCAACUAAUGACAACCACAAUAUUUAAAUGAGGAAAAAAGAGGUGGUCUUCCAUGGUUGCAGGGGACACCUGAGUCAAUUGGCAUAAUAAAAUCUAUUAAGAAAACAUUCUGCAUCCCACUUUGGAGAGUGGCAUCUGGGGUCUUAAAUGCUAGCAAGUAGCCAUCUAAGAUGCAUCAAUUGGUCUCAACCCACCUGGAGCAAGGAAGAAUGAAGAACAGCAAAGACACAAGGUAAUUAUGAGCCCAAGAGACAGAAGGGAUCACAUAAAGCAGAGACUACAUCAUCCUGAAACCAGAAGAACUAGAUCCUGCCUGGCCACAACUGAUGACUGCCCCGACAGGGAGCACAACAGAGAAACCCUAAGGGAGCAGGAGAGCAGCGGGAUGCAGACCCCAAAUUCUCAUAAGAAGACCAGACUUAAUGGUCAGACUGGGACUGGAGGGACCCCGGAGGCCAUGGUCCCCAGACCUCCUGUUAGCUCAGGACAGGAACCAUUCCCAAAGGUAACUCUUCAGACAGGGAUUGGACUGGAAUAGGGGUGGAAAUUGAUACUUCUUGGAUCAAGUAGACACAUGAGACUAUGUUGGCAUCUCCUGUCUGGAGAGGGGAUGAGAGGGCAGAGGGGGCCAGAAGCUACCGAAUGGACACGAGGAGAGAAAGUGGAGGAAAGAACUGUGCUGUCUCAUUGGAGGGAGAGCAAUUAGGAGUAUAUGGCAAGGUGUAUGUAAAUUUUUGUAUGAGAGACUGACCUGAUUUGUAAACUUUCACUUAAAGCACGCUAAAAGUUAAUUAAAAAAAAAAAAAGAGAUGGUCUUCAUUGCAUUCAACAUCAAAUAGUAAUCCCCAUCCUUAAUGACGUUUCCAAACCUUCAGAUCACUCUGACACGUGUUGUUCCAGCCAAUUAUCUUGCUUUGUGUAGGCUGUUUAACUCAGAGCUGUUGAGGCUAUAGUAACAACUGUUUUCGGUCUUUUGGCUUUGUUCUUUUUCAUAACCUGCACUCCUAGUCAGACUAUCCAACUCACAGAGUUACCAACCAAAGGAGAGAUUCGAAUCCAUUACCAAUGUAUGAAAAAUAACCCAGAGCACCAUGACCUUAACUACCCUGAAAUCGGAAGAACAAGAUGGUGCCUGGCUACCACUAAUGGCCGUUCUGAUCAGGGCCACAAUGGAUGGAUCCUGACAGAAGGGGAGAAAAUGUGAAACAGAACUCAAAUUCUUAAAAAGUCCAGACUUACUGGACCAAUUUAGACUAGACUCCCAGAGACUAUCGCCCUGAGAUACUGGAAACGAAACUACCCCCUGAAGUCACCUUUUAGCUAAAUAACAAAUUGGCUCAUAAAAUAAAGAAUAUUACCAGUGAGUACUGUGCACCUUUAAAAAACCAUCUUUAUAAGACCAAAUGGUCAACAAUUACUGUAAAGCAAAGUUGAAAGGGCAAGGGGACAGGGAAACCAGUUUACUGGAAGUGAAACAUCCAAAAGGGAUUUAGUGAGAAUGUUAACACAUUGUUAAAAAUGUAACCAAUGUCUCUGAACAAUUUGGGUAGUAAUAGUUAAAUGGGAACCUAAUUUGCUGUGUAAACUUUCACCAAAAACACAAUAAAAUAUUAUUUAA